AGACGGAGAGAAGAUAAAGACGAUGACAGGCAGUAUGGAGCAGCCCACCGGAAUGCUUUGCCGUCGCCCCUGGUUUUCCGUUUGGGCAACCGCUUCUUCGACUGGCUGACUUAGUCACGGUGGAGAGUUUCUCGGGUGACGUGGUUUCUCAUAGACGCCUAGGUGCGGGUCCCACCGUAAUCAGAUUACGGACUACGAGAGUCUCACGUAAACCGUGAAACUUUUGCAGUGUGGUUCGGUCGACCCGAGUAGCAUCUUCCUUUCCUCCUCGUCCAGCAUCCCCACCUAAAUGGCCUCCCGUCCCUAUUUAUAGCCCCACCGCCAUCUCCGUCACCUUCCUCCAACCGGAAUCAUCCCCGUCCCGGACUCCCUCGCUCUCGUGGAGGAGGAUAUCCCCACCCUUCCCCUUCCCAAAAAGAGGCAUAGGAGACCGUUCGUUUCUCCUCCAUUGAAAAAAGCAAAGUACAUAGACUUUGCUCGCUCAUGAGUAACUAGAACUCGGGUGUACAGAUCCAUCAUCCCAUCCCUCUUCUCCUACUUGCCCACCUUGCGACGACAACUGCCUUCCUCUUCUUUUCGUCCUGCCAAAACCCAAUCUUUUUCCCGUUGUCCGAGUCUUGGGAGUCCGGCAUUUCUUGAGUCGCUCGAACUCCCGACUUUGAUUGAUCGGCACCGGGAUCUCCUGGGUCGGGUUUUCUUGUCUCAGGCUUUUCUGUUUUUGGAUGAGGGUCAACGGCAGCUUGGCCGACCGGAAGGGAAGCGACCAAGUAGCGACGGGGAAAAGCACGUCUUCCUCCAACUCCAAGAAGAAUAAGAGGCGGCAGAAGAAGUCGGCGGCCAUGCCGACCGCCGUGCAGAGGGUGUUUGAGGCAUGCAAGGAGGUGUUUGCCGAUGGUGCGCCUGGCAUCGUCCCAUCGCCGGAUGAGGUGGAGCGCCUUCGAUCCGUUCUCGAUGCCGUAAUGCCAGCAGAUGUCGGUCUAAGUCCAAACCUGUCAUUUUUUCGAGAUGUCGGGACGGGUGGACCUCCUCCAGUGACAUAUUUGCACCUAUAUGAGUGCCCCAAGUUCUCGGUAUCCUGCUGCACUCUGUGGAUUCUGCUGCCAGAUGCAUUUGAUUUGAAGUCUCUCGUUGCAUUUUUGCAGAUUGGUAUCUUCUGCCUCCCGCAAGGAGCUGUAAUUCCACUGCAUGAUCACCCGGCAAUGACUGUUUUUAGCAAACUUCUCAUGGGCUCCAUGCACAUCAAGUCAUACGAUUGGGUUAAUGAUCCGCUUGGCUCCGACCAGAGAAUCAAAUCCUCAACCGGCGCGAGUUUGGCAAAGUUGCACACCGAUGCCAUCUCUGUUGCUCCCUGCGAGACGUCUGUUUUGUACCCUGCCGCUGCGGGUAACUUGCAUUGCUUUACUGCAGUGACUUCCUGCGCAGUGUUGGAUGUUCUCGGACCACCAUACGACGACGAAGAAGGGAGGGCUUGCACUUACUACCGGAGGAAUGCGUGCUCCAAUCUUCCGGGCGAUGGGCUAACGCGGUGUGGGGAGAGGGAGGAGUACUAUGCAUGGCUGGAAGAGAGGGGAAGCGAGCCUGAUGAGCUGGUGGUACGCGGUGCUGAGUACAAGGGCCCCAGAAUAGUCGACCACUGAAUUUGUACUGUGACUGUUGCAGCAAAGAUGAACAAACAAACAAGGUUAAAGAGAAAGAUGAUGCUCCUCAGAGAAGAGGAGAAAGGAAGGACCACGUAGUUGUGCUAUUCAUCUCUUGAUUCCAUGAUGGAUAUAUACAUGGAGCAAUAAACACCCCCAUUAUGUCCUUUUGGGUUCGUUUCCAGAUGAUUAUGGUUUUUCUUUCUUUUCACGGAAUGUUUAUUUUUCUGUAUUCAUUCGUAUGGGCAUAAGACUAGGUUGGAGAGUACAGUAAUAAAUCUGUUGAGGAGGCA